CCAGCCCUGUUUGACCCUUCCACCCCAGCCGCUGGCUUUGUCGCUGCCAGCAUGAAUCCGAGCACAGGCUGUGAUAGCUGCAGAUAGUUGGACUGCAGAGUUUUAUGGUGGAUCCCAGGAAUCAGUAUUUCUCUCCCCGUUAUGGCUGUGGUAGACAACGAUGUGAUGAAACAAAGAGGGGGUAAAAAGAAGCUAAAAGCAACGACACGUGCUGGGAGCUGGUGGUUUUUUGUAUUGCCAAAGAUCUGGGGGCAGUCCAAGGUUGACGGUUCCAGCGAGAACGUGAGAAGUUGCAAGGGAGUUUGCACCCUGGGAAACACAUUAGGCAGUAAUCGUGGUGUAGUUGUGCGGAUGCAGGCUAAACUAGAUGAUGGAGUUAACCGAGGUGCUGGAAUUCAAGAGGAUCGUAGCGGUGGAACACAGUCUGAAACAAACGAGACACCGAUUGGAGACGGUAAAACUGAUACUUGUGAUGAAUGGGUAGAGGGAGAAGCCACUGAAUAUCGAGACGUGCUAAUAUUCACCGAAGCCGAUAUGAUGAGGAAGGUGUUCUGCACGGACGAAGCCGCCUAUGAGUUUUACAAGAGAUACGGCAAAUGCCAUGGGUUCGGUAUUCGCAAGGGUGACUCAGGAAAGAAUGAUAAGGGAAGGGUGAUUAGGAGGAGGUUUUUUUGCAACAAAGCAGGGCUGAGGCAGUGCAAACAUUACGAAAGACUUGACAGGAAGAGGGACCACAGAUCGGAGAUGCGCACAAACUGUGACACAAAGCUAUCAAUCUUAUGGGAUGAUGUCAGCAAAAUUUGGAGGGUUAGAAAAGUUAUACUAGAUCACAACCAUGAUUUAACUCCUAUGAGGAUGGUUCAUAUGAUCAAUAGCUUUAGAGACAUGGAUUGUUCAGCUAAGGCACAGAUUAAUGGCAUGUAGGGACACGGUGUCCCGACGUCGAAUAUCCUAGGUUAUAUAGCAGGACAAGCCGGGGGGUAUUCUCUGAUGGGUUUCACGAAAAAGGAUGCCUAUAACUACAUCGAGAAGACCAAGCGGGAGAAUAUUGUUGAUGGAGACGCUAACGCCGCAAUAAUUGAUUUAGAGAGAAAAGCAUUGUCGGAUCCGAUGUGCAUGGCUAGGUACAAUUUGACGGACAACAAUAUGUUAGCGAACUUGUUCUGGGCUGAUGGUGGGACCCGGGUUGAUUACCAACACUUUGGUCAUGUGCUUUCCUUCGAUUCGACUUUCAUGAAAAACAAAUAUAGGAGACCUUUGGUAAUCUUUUCUGGUUCGAACAAUCAUAAGAAAACAACCAUAUUUGGGUUUGGUUUGGUGUUGGAUGAAAGCAUUGGGUCAUACACGUGGUUGCUUGAAAAUUUGUUGGAGAUAAUGUGCAACAAAAAGCCAUCGGUGAUUGUGACAGACAGGUGUGACUCAAUGAGGGCAGCAAUCAGGGCGGUUUUUCUAGAGGCCACACAUAGGCUGUGUGCUUAGCAUGUGGAGAAGAACGUGACUUCGAAUGUGAAGGAUGAAGGCUUAAGACAACUUUUUACUAGGUGGCUGUACUCAAAUAUGGAGAUAGAAGAGUUUGAGGCAGAGUGGGACGUAGUUGUUGUUGAAUAUCGACUUCAUGAUAGUUUUUGGGCGAAGGAAACCUAUGAUAAGCGGAAAAUGUGGGCAAAUGCGUACUUAAAA